AUGGGGACACAGCCCAUCCUUGUCAAGCCGCUGCAGCUCCCGCCUCCACCGCGAGGAGGAGGGGGCGCCAGUGGACGGCCUCGCGUGAGAGCCAGCCGCGGCUACCUGCGCCCCUACCUGCGCCCCUGCGCCCCCGGAGGCGCGCCCAGCGCUAUGCAGCCGUGGGCAUGCCGAGGCCACCAGGAGCACACAGGGCCCAGGGUGAAAGGGUGGGAGCGGGGAUGGGAGGGGGCGAGACGCAUCCCCUCCACGCCCCCCACCUUCGCCCAGUAUCCUGGGUACAACCUUGACCCCACCCCCACGCCUUCCAUCCAGACUGCGGACCAGGUGUCCCGGCCCCCUCCCUGUCCCCGAGGGCGCCCCACCAGCUCAGCACAGGUGCCUCCACAGACCCUGCGCCCCCAGAAAAGAGACCUGUCCGAGGCCUGGGAGGCUCUGAGGAAGAUCAUCACCACACUGGCUGUGAAGAAUGAAGAGAUUCAGAGUUUUAUCUACUCCCUCAAGCAGAUGCUGCUGAACAUGGAGGCGAACUCGGCCAAGGUGCAGGAGGACCUGGAGGCAGAGUUCCAGUCCUUGUUCUCCCUCCUGGAGGAGCUGAAGGAGGGGAUGCUCAUGAAGAUAAAACAGGACCGUGCCAGCAGAACCUAUGAGCUGCAGAACCAGCUGGCUGCCUGCACUCGGGCCCUGGAGAGCUCUGAGGAGCUUCUGGAGACAGCCAACCAGACCUUGCAGGCCACAGACAGCGAGAACUUUCCUCAGGCUGCCAAGCAACUCAAAGAUGGUGUUACAAUGGCUCCUGCCUUCCGGCUGUCAUUGAAAGCCAAAGUCAGCGACAACAUGAGUCACCUCAUGGUGGACUUUGCCCAGGAGAGGAGGAUGCUACAGGCACUCAAGUUCCUGCCUGUCCCCAGCGCCCCCAUGAUCGACCUGGCUGAGUCCCUGGUGGCAGACAACUGUGUGACGCUGGUGUGGCGCAUGCCAGAUGAGGACAACAAGAUUGACCACUAUGUGCUGGAGUACCGGCGGACAAACUUCGAGGGCCCGCCCCGUCUCAAGGAGGACCAGCCCUGGAUGGUUGUGGAAGGCAUUCGGCAGACAGAGUACACCCUGACUGGUCUCAAGUUUGACAUGAAAUACAUGAAUUUCCGUGUGAAGGCCUGUAAUAAGGCAGUUGCAGGCGAGUUCUCCGAGCCGGUGACUCUGGAGACACCAGCGUUCAUGUUCCGCCUGGAUGCAUCCACAUCCCACCAGAACCUUCGGGUAGAUGAUCUCUCCGUGGAGUGGGACGCCAUGGGCGGGAAGGUGCAGGAUAUCAAGGCUCGAGAGAAAGAUGGCAAGGGGCGGACAGCGUCUCCCGUCAACUCCCCAGCCAGAGGUACUCCAUCUCCCAAGAGGAUACCCUCAGGUCGUGGGGGACGGGAUCGCUUCACAGCUGAGUCCUACACAGUGCUAGGGGACACGCUGAUCGAUGGCGGGGAACAUUACUGGGAGGUGCACUAUGAGCCAGACAGCAAGGCAUUCGGCGUGGGGGUGGCCUACCGCAGCCUGGGCCGCUUCGAGCAGCUAGGCAAGACAGCGGCGUCCUGGUGCCUGCACAUCAACAACUGGUUGCAGGUCAGCUUCACCGCCAAGCAUGCCAACAAGGCCAAGGUGCUGGAUGCCCCCGUGCCUGACUGCCUGGGCGUGCACUGCGACUUCCACCAAGGCCUUCUGUCCUUCUACAACGCCCGCACCAAACAGCUGCUGCACACCUUCAAGGCCAAGUUCACUCAGCCACUGCUGCCUGCUUUCACAGUUUGGUGUGGCAGUUUCCACGUGACAACAGGCCUACAGGUCCCCAGCUCUGUGCGCUGCCUACAGAAGCGAGGCAGUGCCACCAGCAGCUCCAACACCAGCCUCACCUAGGCCAGUGCACCCAGCUGGGCUUAUUUUGGGAGCCACCACCAGGCCUCCGCUGUUUCAGCCAGACACUCUCCUCUUGCUGCUUGGAGCCUUAACUCCUAAUGGGGGUCACUAACAGGAAGCAGGCACCAGGACAGGCCCUUCUCCCCACCUCACUUCCUAAUAAAGGUCAAACACUGGCCAG